UCACUCCCCAAAAUAAAAAAUAAAAAAAACCCUACCUCAUUUUCUCUCUCCUCCUUUUUCUCUGAUAUUUUUCUCUCUCCUAAAUUUGAAUCUCCAGAAAAUCGAAAAUGAGAGAGUGUAUUUCGAUCCACAUUGGUCAAGCUGGAAUUCAAGUUGGUAACAAUUGCUGGGAACUCUACUGUCUUGAACAUGGCAUUCAGCCGGAUGGGCAAAUGCCAGCCGAGAAUACAGGAGCAGGAGGAGAUGAUGCCUUCAAUACUUUCUUCAGUGAUACUGGGGCUGGAAAGUAUGUUCCUCGAGCGAUAUUUGUUGAUCUUGAACCAACUGUUAUCGAUGAGAUUCGAACCGGGGCGUAUCGUCAACUUUUCCACCCACAGCAGCUUAUUAGUGGCAAAGAAGAUGCUGCUAAUAACUUUGCUCGUGGACAUUAUACUGUUGGGAAAGAGAUUGUCGACUUGUGCUUGGAUCGCAUCAGGAAGCUAGCUGACAACUGUACUGGUCUUCAAGGCUUUCUUGUUUUCCAUGCUGUUGGUGGUGGGACUGGUUCCGGUCUUGGUUCUCUACUCUUGGAGAGGUUAUCAGUUGAUUAUGGGAAAAAAUCAAAAUUAGGCUUCACAAUUUAUCCAUCUCCUCAAGUUUCAACCUCUGUUGUUGAACCAUACAACAGUGUCUUGUCCACUCACUCCCUUCUGGAGCACACUGAUGUUUCCAUUCUCCUUGAUAACGAGGCUAUAUAUGAUAUCUGCCGCAAGUCACUUGAUAUUGAGAGGCCUAGUUAUACCAAUCUCAACAGACUUGUUUCUCAGGUUAUCUCUUCCUUGACAACUUCACUUCGGUUUGAUGGUGCAUUGAAUGUGGAUGUCACUGAGUUUCAGACAAACUUGGUCCCUUACCCUCGUAUUCAUUUCAUGCUUUCUUCUUAUGCUCCUGUUAUAUCUGCUGAGAAAGCCUUCCAUGAGCAACUGUCAGUUGCAGAGAUCACUAACAGUGCAUUUGAGCCCAGUGCUAUGAUGGCAAAAUGUGAUCCCCGCCAUGGAAAGUACAUGGCUUGCUGUUUGAUGUACCGAGGAGAUGUGGUCCCCAAGGAUGUGAAUGCCGCUGUUUCCACAAUCAAAACAAAGAGAACCAUUCAGUUUGUGGACUGGUGUCCUACCGGAUUCAAGUGCGGUAUUAACUACCAGCCUCCAACUGUGGUGCCAGGAGGAGACUUGGCCAAGGUUCAGAGGGCAGUGAGUAUGAUUUCUAACUCAACCAGUGUUGCUGAAGUGUUCUCAAGAAUUGAUCACAAAUUCGACCUUAUGUAUGCCAAGCGAGCUUUUGUUCAUUGGUAUGUUGGUGAGGGAAUGGAGGAAGGAGAGUUUUCAGAGGCAAGAGAAGAUUUGGCAGCAUUGGAGAAGGAUUAUGAAGAAGUUGGGGCUGAAGGUGUUGACGAUGAGGAGGAUGAUGGUGAUGAUGAGUAUUAAGAGUUUGUUAAAAAAUAAUGAACAAUAGGAUUGAGUAUUACAAGUAACUAGGGUGAUGAAUAUUCGGGAAUACCAAUGGGCUCAUUGGUAAGUAGUAGUGUGCGUUAAGCAGUUGUGUUUCAGUAGUAAACAGUGAUGUGUUUCUUUGAUUUCAUUGUGGUUCAACUUUUCAGCAUAUAACGAUUUUUUCCCUGCGACUUCAGUCUCUGUUAAUCUGUUUCUGGUGUGAAUCUUAUUGUUUCAUUCAUUGUACUUGAAGUCGUAGUAGAGGCAAUGAAGCAAUUAAAAUCCCUGAUACAGCUA